CCCGCCGGUAAACGAUCGAACAGCAAGUCUCGUGAUUAACCCAACCACCACCACUCUUCGAUAAAUCUCCACUUUUUGACGGCAAGGUCGAACCACAUCCGUGAUCACAGAAGCCCACUUGCUUCCAUCAGACCGUUCCCACGGCUUCGCCCCCACUAUAUAUAUCCCACCCCCUCCCUCCAUCCGCAGUGCACAAGCAGCGGUCAUAUCCCACUCGGUUCACUUCGCAAGCAACAGCCCUUCGUGCCAAAGAUGUCCGAGGAGAGGCACCACCACCACCUCUUCCACCACCGCCAGGAGGAGGAGAAGCCCUCCGAGGAGGUGGUCUACUCGGAGACCGCCUAUAACCCCAGCGGCGAUGACUACACCUCCGGCUACACGGAGACCGCCGUCGCCGAGUCCGCUUCAGAUGAGUUCGAGAGGUACGAGAAGGAAGAGAAGCAUCACAAGCACAAGGAGCACCUCGGCGAGAUGGGCGCCCUCGCCGCCGGUGCCUUUGCCUUGUACGAGAAGCAUGAGGCCAAGAAGGACCCUGAGCACGCCCACAAGCACAAGAUCGAGGAGGAGAUCGCUGCAGCGGUGGGCGUCGGUAGCGGAGGGUAUGCCUUCCAUGAGCACCACGAGAAGAAGGAUGCCAAGAAAGAAGCCGAGGAGGCGAGCGGACAGACACAUCACCACCACCACCUCUUUUGAGGGCGCUAUAUGUGAAUCUAUGCCCUUUAUGAUCCAUCUUAUGCUAAGUCGAUAAUUUGGUGUUUUAUUACCCCCAAAUAAGCGCUGGUUUAUCGAGUGCAACAAUAACAUAUGUAUUUCUUUAAAAUUUGGGUCAGUGUGCGAUGGUUCGUACUUUUUUAAUCUUUAUAUAUUAUUAAAAUCUUAAAAAGA